AUGAACGAAAUCUGUGAAGAAAAGUCCAAAGGCGUCUGGUCUCCCGACAUCGAAGAAAGUUUCUUCGAGGCUCUUACAGUGUAUCCCCCUUGUGGACGAAGAAAAAUUCUACUCUCUGAUGAACGGAAGAUGUUCGGUAAUUUUCCGUACAGAAUUUUUUGCUAUAAAUAUUUAUCCUAA